AGCUACGCAACGAGUUUCAGUUCUGUUCUGCUCACUAUCCAAACGCCCUCAACAUGUACAAGCUGUUGGUCUUGCUGUCGCUGUGCGUGGCGAUUGCCUAUGCGGCACCUGGACUGCUGCAUGCCACACCGAUUCUGGGCAGCUCCUCGUACCUGGGCUGGCCGGGACAGACGCUGCAGACGGUGCAGGUGGUGCGCCCCAUUUGGCCCACACACAGCAUUGUGCGGCCCAUUGGACGUGGCUACGGCUGGCUUUAAAUGAGCAGCGGUCAUCCAAGGCGAAAGGCCUGAAAUAAAAUAAAU